AUGUCAAAAGACCAGUUUUCUUCAUUACUGCAAAAGAUUAGGGACGCGCAUUCCCACAAUAAAUGCAAUAUGAAUACUAAAAGUUUUGCUCAGUGCAUAUCAAGAUAUGGAGGAGAACGAGACCAUAACAAGGUUCAGGAAUUCAUAACUAAUAUAACCAUCUACAAAAAAGUUGAAAAUAUAUCGGAUGACGACGCGUUAAAGGGUCUACCUAUAUUACUGACUGGAGUGACUGAUACGUGGUGGGAUAGAGUCAAAAACGACAUAAAAAUGGAAUCACGCUUCGGAAGCCUUAAAAUUGGCGUUUGCCCCAAAACGUUAGCCUCAUGA